AUGCCUCAGGCGAGCGGGGGAGGGAGAUCCGAUGGGGAGGCAGUACCCUCCGGGAAUGAAGAGCUGUCAGAGGGGUCGCCACUGGAACUCAUCAGAGGUCAGAUAGUCCCCCCCGUGCCCAACCGCUGGGAGUCAGCCAUCGACUGGCUUCACGACUUCGGAGGAUUCUCAUGGAUCGCGUAUGGUGCUUCUUCGCUCCUCGUAAUUUCCCACUAUCCUUCCCCUACGUCGCGAGAGAAGACUCUCAUCGAACCGUUCCUCAAGCAAGUGAUAGAGCCUUCCUUGCGGUUGCCUUCACGGGCUGCUGCUGGGGACGGUUCUCCAGUGAUGAAGGCGGUGGCUUGGUGCCACUCACAGCCGUCGGGCGGUGUGGUUGCCGCUGGAUUGGGCGACUCUGUCUUCGUAUAUUACCCGGAUUUCCCAUAUGGGCGAGGUAAGCCGAGGUGUUCUAGAUAUGUCCACGCGAAGUCCGAUUUUCUCUCUGAGCAAUCUUUGCUCUCGAUUGAACAUUUUGAAUUUCGUUCAUUGCGAUGAGGCUCUAGCGCACAAUGUAGUAAAUCCCAAGAAUAUAUAUUUUCCAUGGUUUUGUGCUCGAAUUCGAUUUGUUUCCCGCUUCAUUUUCCCGGACUAUUUUCUUUUUUGUUUUUUGAAAUGUAGAAUCAUUGCUUAACAUAAUUGAACAUUGGAUCCCGUGUGACAUUUUUUCUAAUGUAGCAUGAACAUCGAGAAUCAUAAUUGGUUUUUGAACCUUAAAACUGUAUAUUUUGCUAAUAAUUUUUUAAUUCGCUGGAUUGUAUAAUGAUUACUUAUAUUCUUUCACGUAUCAAGUUAUUUAAGUUCAGAUAAACAUAAAUGAACUAUGUGGAAUCAUUUUGAUUCCCAAAGUAUAUAUGUAUACAUGAUAUGGAAUUGGGCAAUAAAAUACUUUCGGUUUAUGCAGUUUAGUUGAUGUCGAAUUAUACAAUCCCCGCCAAUUCAUAUAAUGUUGAAGGGACGAGUAGUCAUUGUUUUACCUUCAGGUUAAAUUAUGCGUUAUUGUUGUUCUAUUACCUCUUUUUCAAGGUCUGAGGUUAAAUUAUGCGUUAUUGUUGUUCUAUUAUCUCUUUUUCAUGUUCUGAGGUUAACUUUUGCGUUAUUGUUGUUCCAUUAUCUCUUUUUCAGCGUCUCUGCGUUGGAGGCAGAUAGCUGUCCUUGUACAUUCAUUUAGUGUGGAAGCCAUUGAAUGGACAAAAUCUGGCGAUGGUUUGAUUGUUGUUGGUAAUGGUGUGGUCUCAUGGAAAAAGGAAGACUCAUCAUGGAAAAUGUCAUGGAAAUCACAAUUUUCCGUUGCGCAAACUCUUGUUUCAACAACAUGGUCAACAAACGACCCUGUAGCAACAGUAGCGCAUCAUUCAGGCUAUUCUUGUUUUACAGAAAAGUCAGAACGCUCACCUCCUUCCCAAGAGAUCAGCCAGAAAGUUUUUGUGUUUUUCGGAGAGGGUGGAUCUCAGGUUGUGAAAGUCGAAUUGUACCAUACUCAACCUGUUUCGAUGAUUCAAUGGAGGCCACUAUCAAAGAAAGAUUUCACACACUCACGAAGGAAUGUGCUUCUGACCUGCUGCUUGGAUGGUGCUGUAAGAUUAUGGAGUGAGAUUGACAGUGGUGGGAGUCAAAAAUGUUCCAAGGAUGUUAGUCAUCAGAAGUCCACGAGACAAUCCUUCCAUGUAAUUGCAGUAAUUGAAAUAAAUCAUUGCUUAAAAGGGGUUAUUGGGCAAGAUAUAUUCGUAUCUUGGGCAACAGAAAUUUGGGGCACGUUUUCAAACAGUGAAGGCUCUGAGCAGUGUUUUUCAUCAAAUUAUCCUCAGGAUGACCAUGUCGGACGCUGUGAUUGGCUGGUUAGUGUAGGCCCUGAGUUUUCCGUUUCUUUCUGGUCCGUUCAUUGCCUUGAUGAUCUUCUUCCUUUACGGUUCCCACGAGUAAGUUUUUGGAGGAAACAUAAUUUAAUGGAUUAUCGAGCUGAAAACUUGUCAAAUGUGAAAAAUUUGCAAGCUGAAGGUGAGCCUUUACUUAUCAAAGCAAUUGUUUGGAGGAACUGUCUUUCUGGUCCACCAGAUGUGUGCUCUCUACUUCAGUUGUUACCUGAUAAUUUGGUCAGCUGGUCACGUUUUUCUAGCCCAUUUUCUGCGACAACGGUGGGCGGAUCUUUGAGUGAAGUCACUAAGGACGAGAUACUAUCACAUUAUGCUGGAGGAUUUUUAAGUGCAGAUAGCCACGUGGGCAGAAUAUUGCGAGUUGCGAUUCAUCCAUGUAGCUGUGAACCGGAGAUUGCUGUUUCACUAGAUUCAAAUGGUUUUCUUCUAUUCUGGUCCUUUUCAACAACUGCUUAUGCUUCAGGUCUAAAUAUGAUACCUAAUACCGUAUGCCAAUUUAUAGGGAAAAUAAGCACGCGAGAUAUAUCCAAUGCUAAUGGAUAUUUGACGUUGAAUUGGGCACCCUCGGUCAUAUAUAACAAUAGAUUUCUUCUUCUGGGAGGUCCAGAAGGAAUUGAUUGUAUAUUGAUUAAGCUUCCUGGAGAAGAAAGGAAAAAAAUAUUGCAUCAGAAGUUGUUCACUAUUUCUUUUUCUGAUUUCACUGGCAGGUGUGGGCCUGAUUAUGUUACUGCAGUACCCUUGUCUUCCACAUGCGAGUGGCCGUUUACUCUUGAUUGUUUUAUGGUGGUAGCAGCAUGGAUGAAGGAAUUUCGGGUUUUAGCGUGGAAAAUUGUUUUGCAAUCUGAUGAUGGUGAUCAAUCUACAAGUACACCAGGACGUUUUCCUUAUGAUUUAUAUCUCUCUAAGUCUCGUGGAUGGAAGUAUGAGUGUUACUUUGGUGGUAAAAGAUAUCUUGUGUCCGUUGAUCUUUGUGCAAUGCAAUUCUCGGAUUCCCAUGGCUGUGACAGGGUCACUUGCUUUGCUGUGCUCUCUCCUGAUAAAUCCUACACCUGUACCAAACAAGUGGGGAUCUCUUCCAGGCACAUCCAUAGAACCUCUUCUUUAUAUCAUAUUGUUACGGGUCACUCUGAUGGCACUGUCAGACUAUGGAGAUCUGCCUCUUUGAAAUCCCUUGAUCAUCAUUCAGAUGAAAUGUGCUUACCCUGGGAGCUCGUGGGCAUGUUCAGUGCACACUGCAAACCAGUUAGUUUGAUAGCUUUGUCUAGUUGUGGUACCAAAAUUGCUACAGCAUGUAAGGAGCCUUCCAAUGAGAUCUCUGGUGUGCGUAUAUGGCAGUUUAUCUCCCUCUUAGGAGGAGGGGGUUUUUUACUCGAGGGCAGGGUUCCUCUUCGCAGAAAUAUUCUGUCUUUAAAGUGGAGAACCCUAGGUAAUGGCCACUCGAUACUUGCUGUCUGUUUGCCAAAUGGGUUGUGUCUUUACUCACCAAAGAGAUCUCGUGAUCCCGAGUUCGUGAAGUCAGGGAAGCCAGCGAAUACACCAAAGUGGGUCUGUAUUGCAAAUUGUCAUACUUACUCAACUGCUCAAGAUUUUGUCUGGGGCCCUGGGUUGAGUCUGCUUCUUGUUCAUGAGAGGCACCUUUCUGUUUUUGGUCAGUGGUCUGUCAGGAGGAAUAGGAAUGGACAACCUAAGCUUCAUUGCCACCCUGGGGUCGAAAACAGUGGUUCUCCUGCUGCUAACGUGCCUGAAACUUCUGUAGAAUUUCCAUAUGCUAUUGUCAAUGACACUGGGAUUCCUAUUGUUGAAGGGCUGUUGACUGCUGAGAACAGUGAAGCCCAUGGCUCGUUGGUAACUGAACUGGGGACUGUAUUCGAAGUUAACAAGUUCGAUGAAUUUAUGUCAUUUCUGAACGAUGUCUCCUGUACAAGAAGUGAAUUUUCUAGCACAGCUAAAGUUGCUGAUGAACAUUGCUCAUCAUUACCGACUUAUCAUCCUCAUGUACUUCUCAUCCAUCUUUUUUCAGGUAACAUUAUUUUAUAAUCGAUAUCCUGAAAUUUACCAUUUAUGAGUUCAUCAAGAUCUCCAUUACCUUUCCUUGUUCAUCAAACCUGUUACCAAAAAACUUAAUUCGAUGUUACCAAGUGAUUUCCAUCCAACUUAACUUGUACGACGAAUCUAUAAUGUACAACAAUACGAAUUCACCUUUUGAAUUCUAUACUGCCAUUGGGUAACAUUGGAUCACUCCUUUCAAUUUGAUCGUAUUAUGAUGAUCGGUGGUAUUAUGGAAUCACUAGUUAAUUAACACGGAAAAAUGACCACAAUCUCACUUUAGGUUCUCUUACAUGAGUGAUGACAACACCGGUUAUAGUAGGAUGUAAAUGUAAAUUCAUGGAAGUUGGAUAGUGCCCAGGAAAAGCUGUGGGUGAUUGCACCUGGAAACUAAUAGAAGAAAGUCUACACCUGAUGGGUUUUGUAAACUAGCAUUUGGUUGCUUUUCCUUAGUGAUGAAGUAUACGUAAAGGUUUAGUUAGUUUAACUUAUAAUUUUAAGUAUUUAAUUUCUUUUUAUGGUACUCUGAUUAGAGGAAUAAUUUUUUCCAUCUGUUAUUUUAUAUUAACCUUUUUCUCUCUUUAAUGAGGUUUCAUCAACUUGGAGGUAAUGAUUAGGCGGCUUUGUUAACCAGGUUAGCGCAGAGAAGUUUCUGGGUGAGGGGCUCUAAAAGACAUUUAUUAGAUUUCUUCUUACAUCUGUAAUUAAAAGAGGACAAAUACAAGCCCUAUGCUACCUUUUGUUGCUGCAAGGUUCUCUGAUGAGGAGUCGGUCUCUAUCUAGAAAGUGGAUCAAGUGAAAAUGCUUGUGUUCCCUGUGGGAGGUGAUGCUAAACUUGAUGCUGGCGAUUUUUCUUAGUUUCACCAACCGUAUUGGAAUUUAUCCAGGUAGGCAUUUAUGGUGAUUGUUUGUCUCCUCUUGGGAGAAUCCAUUUGGAAGGAAUUAGUACGACUUUUUUUUCAAUCGACACCUAUAAAUGAUCACGUGGCCUGAAAGGGUUUAGGCUUACUAGUCUCCAUGAUGGAGCCGCUAAGAUUUCUGAGUAGGUCCUAUUCAUUAGAAGGGAAAGUAAGAUUAAUAGAUGAGUUAGUCAGGUUGAAAGCUCUUUUAAGCAUCACAUCAAAUUGUGAUUUCUCGGUCACAAUCAGCCUAUGUGAUUUUUAAACAAGGCACAUCUGAUAACGAAAAUAUAUUGGUCACCCACUGAUGUGUACAUGCAUGAGGAUGUUGACGUGAGGGCUUAGUAAUGGAGCUGCACUUGGAGAAACCUGUAGAUAUUGAACUGUAUUACCAUUUUCGGAUUGUGGAGACCAUGCCUUUGAUGAGGUAGUUUGUGUGGAUUGACGCAUGAAUUAUGCCAAACAUGUUUUCUGUCUAACAGUCAACGUACCUGCUUUUUCCCUGCCAAGGAUGAAUACCCUAGGAUCAUCCUGUUUCUCUUUCUGCUCUUAGCCCAAGUCUUGUGGGACAAAACAUCUUAUCUGGGACUUAUUUUAGGUUUCAGGAAAUUUACGAAUCGUGGGACUCAGGUGUCUUUUGAUCAACAAGCAGAUAAAAUGUUUGCCUUUUUGACUAAAAGAGAUGCACUAACUCUAUGAUUUUUAGAAGAUUUUGUCUCUGUUGGAGUUGAAUUUUGAUGGUAGUUUUACCAGUGUAUUGGACUCUAUUCUACUUAAGCUUCGAAGGGCAGUCAUAUUAGAAAAAUCCCACGAUUUUUUGAACACACUCGGAUAUUGUGCCAUAGAGAAUGGGGGUAUAUCAUUUAGAGUAUUGAAGGAUGCCUUGUGAAUUGCAAAAGUGACUUGCCCCAUAGGGGAUGCAUCAUUCUUUUCAAGGCGGUGAUUUCAUAUUUACCUGUUGGAAAGAGGACGAUCUGGGGUACUGCUCUUUAGGUGAGAUUGGAUUGAAAUCGAGGUCAGAUAAUGAGGAGCAUUCUGGGGGACGUUGGAAAGGUUUUCUAUAUGAUUGAAUGGAGUGGAUUCAUGAAGUUGGAGAUGGGAGCGGGUGGUAGUUUCUUUGUGAAAUCCUCUGAAAAAUUGAUGGGCAUGCUGUGAAUUCCCCUUUUGAAGUCAAAUUCGUGGUGGAGGAUUGGACAUGUGAGACUCUUCACAACUAAUUUUUUUGGGUAACAUAUCGAGGAGAUCAUGAAUACUCUCUUUUAAUGUGAUAUGCGUAAGCGAGUGUACGCAUGUUUGCUGCUUCCUUAACAAGCGAGUUGGAGAUAUCGAAUUUACUAGAGGCAAUGGCAGUUAAAGAACUAGUGUGGAGUUUGAAGGGUGGCCUGAAGGUCUGUUAAAUGUCAAAGUCUUCAGCUGAGUAGAUAUCAUUAGGUAAUUGUUAGAGUAUACUAUUAUUGUAACAUUUGUACAAAAAUUAUGCAUUUUUAAGAGUGAUUAUGGAUUAUAACUAUAUUCUUAAAAUGUUGAUUACAGGACAAGGCGGGCCUAACACUGUUUAGCUGCAUUGUGUGGGCAUCAGGUGCCACCUAGGUCCCAUGUGUGGUGACAAUACAUCAGGGAUUCUGGAAAGCUCACAAUGCUGUUUGGUGUCACGUGUUUGAAUGCCACACGAGUGAAUAGCCACUUUGAAACAUUAGCCAUGCUCAUUUCAGGGCUUUCGAUUUUUUUUGUAUUUUUUAAGAAAUAAUUAAUAAUCAAUAGUAUAUGUCAUUUAUACCAAAUAUAUUUAAUUUUGAAUUUUUAAACUUUCAUAAUUCAUUUUUAAAUAUGCUUUAUAUUCAUGAAACAAUAUAAAAUUUUAAGAUAUUAAACAACAUAAUCCUAGUGCCUCGUCAUGCCGCCUUUGUUUCCAUGAAAACCAUGUUGAUAGUACAUAUGCUCAUCUAUUUAAUGCUUUAAGUUACGCAUAAAAUUUUAGUAUUACCAUGAACAAGGGGCAAAUACUUGUUGCUAGUUAUCUUUUCCUUUUCUGGCAAUUUCGUUGGUUUUUUUUUGUCUGGAUGGCCCCAUAUAGAUGGAAUGAAGUAUAAUAUGGCAACAACAAUAAGGUGAUAUAAAUACCAUGGUUUUUAAGGCAUAAUGAAUGCUGACCAUUUUACACGUUAGAUUUUCCAUGCACUUACCAUAAUUUUGAAAACUUGCUGUUUCACAAUUAUCUUCAGUAGUAUUCAAUGACGUCAGCCUAGCAUCCGCUGGGAAUCCGAUGUUUCCCAUCAAACAGUCCUUUUUGCUUGGCACUUUGAUGCCUUGUAUACAGCAGGAGGCCGGAGUCAGGCAGACCAUAAGAUAGCCAGAAGACUUCACUCGAGUCUCAGAGCAUCCAAGAAUUAAUGUGGUGACGCUCUGUGAUCGGGAUGGUUUCCAUGCUCCAGAAAGUGCACCAAUAUGUUUAUUUGACUCGAGCUGUGUACUUCUUACUCUGCUAAAUUUUUUCCUUCUUGACGAAAGCUAUCCUGAACUCAAGUGCGUAUCUUAUGCUGAUUUUUUGUUAUUAGUGUAAUCAAAGAGUCACAUCUAUUUCUCUGCAGGUAAUUGGAAACGUGCAUAUGGUAUUGUAAGACAUCUUGUUGGAUGUCUUAAUUCCAGUGACUGUACGUCACGAAAUUCUGGUAUUUUUGUUCCGGAAAUUCAUUUGUCCGAGUACUUUGGGGAAACGUAUGGCGCAGUGUCACGAAAUGAAGGAUUCCAAUGGGGCUAUGAUAUUUCUAGGGAAGCAUCCAGUAUGCAAGGUCUGCUGCCUAUACAGUAUCAUUCCCUGGAAUUUUUUCCCGAGAAUAAGUCCUCUUCCACUUCCCAGGGACCCGAAUUCAUGGGCUUCAUUGACACUCUGCAGAAGUCGGACGAUGUUAGAGCUAGAAUGGGUAUCGAUAGCACUGAACUUCUUGCAAUUGUGGAUCUGUUGGGUGAGAUAGUUGAUCCACAAAACACUUCUGUAUAUGAAAGCUUUGACAAACCUGGAAGACGGUAUUCACCCUUAUGCUGUGAACUUUUUACAUUUCGUUUAUUCUGAAAAUUUUCAUUGAAUUAUGAUAUUUGUUGCACUGACAUGACGCCAGUUCUUUGGAGAUUAUUCUGUAUCUCUUUGAUAUUCAUGAAACAGAGAGGUGAUUGUAAAAGAUGAUUAUCUGAUGUGGAGGAUAGUUAUGCUCAUUAAGUCUGAAAGCGUUUCACUCUCUGAGCAUUUAGCUGAUCAUUCGCACAACUGUAGAUGAUAGUCGAGGGGUAGUCUCUGCUUAGUUCAGAUAGAGGAAUGAAGAUGCAUGAUAAAGCGGAUGAGGGAAAUUUUAUGCACUUGACUUGUGAAAUCAGGGGAUAUACUUUGUUUCUGGUCUUGUGCUUUUCCAUCUGUGUUAUUUUAUUAUUUUUGGUUGUGCGAUUCUGUGAAACAUUUUAUCGUUAUGUAAUUGCAAAGGUAUUUAAUUCUUUAAGACAACCUUGCAUGGUCACGGCAGAGGAGAUAGGGUGGGAGAGGAUAACAGUUGGGCAGUGUCCUCCAUUCGUUCUUAUCCUUGCAGGAAAUCUUCAUUGUUUUCAUCAGUACAUAGAAGAAUAUCAUCAAGCGACGAUACAGACCACUUAUUGUGUGAUCUUUUAUUUAUCUAUCCCUCUGUUCCCCUUUUCUGUUUCUUGGUUAUCCAUGAGUCACUUCCACUUUGAGCUAGCUUACCUAGACCUCUUUGAAUAAGGCACAGCGUCUGUGGCAAGAUUAUAGCUAAUGUCAAGUAGUCUGUAUUUAUAUGAAAUAGGAAUAUCAUCAAGCGACGAUACAGACCACUUAUUGCGUGAUCUUUUAUUUAUCUAUCCCUCUGUUCCCCUUUUUCUGUUUCUUGGUUAUCCAUGAGUCACUUCCACUUUGAGCUAGCUUACCUAGACCUCUUUAAAUAAGACACAGCAUCUGUGGCAAGAUUAUAGCUAAUGUCAAGUAGUUUGUAUUUAUAUGAAAUAAGAGGGUUUCUUGAAAUAUUUUAGAAUUAAAUUUUGAUAGCCUCAUUUGAAAUGCCCCUGUUAUGCAUAUGUGGUAGGAGGAUCAUGUCCUUCAAUAUAGAAUUCUCCAGGAAUAUCCGUAGAGUUGAUUCUUGUUCUAAAAAUGAAGUAUCUCUCUGCCAGAGUAGAUAUCUCAUCCUUCUGACACUAGUGUCUGUCUCUUACUAGGCAGCUCCUCUCUUGAGGAGGUUAAUGAAUCUCUCUACUCAAACGUUAGAGGACUUUCCAUAAUUUCAUGAGGAUCAUCAGUGUCAUAUUUUGGUUUUAUUCAAAGAAGCUAGAUCUGUGUUAAAUUCUUUUUUUGAAGAGGGGUAGCGACUCUCUUAAACUUAACGUAAUAAAUUAGAUGGUGCGGAAUCUAUACAUUGUGUAAGGAUUUGUUUCUUCCUUUUUAUUUGAUUUGGCCGUUGGAUGACACAAACUUAGGUUUUUUUUUAUCCAGAGUUUUGUCUAAAUGGUGAAUGCAAUUCAUUUAUGUUUUUCAUCAGGAGGUAAUACUGUUUUCUUUUUUAGAUCUGGAGUGAAGGCUCUUGUAAUAUCACUACUACAAUUUUCUGUGUAGGUUUUGGGUUUCUGUGAGGUUUCAACGUCUCCAUUUUCUCCGAAAGGUUGGGAGAUCAGCUACUGCGGAAGAGAUGAUGGUUGACUCUUCAGUGCUUGCAUGGGCCUUCCAGUCUGAUUGCCAAGACAGUCUUAUCAGCUCUCUGCUUUCAGCUGAAUCCUCAUGGAUGGAAAUGCAAAGCAUAGGUGUUGGAUUCUGGUUUACCAAUGCAGCACAACUGCGGUCAAGGGUACGAACAGUAACAAUUUUGUUCAUAGGAUAAUGAGAAACGUAGAUGAUUAUGGCUCUAAAGAUAGCUGAAAAUAACCAGUUGAUGCGACUGAAUCUAAAAAGAACUGUGAACCUCGCCUCAAGUCCGUGCGGCCAUCUGAGUCGUGGGGCCUAGGCUUUUCAUUCUCAAGAAUGUAUUCAAACAUCUCAUAAAGUGGGCUUUCUCAAGUGUCAUUAGAAAAGUCAAUGCAAUAGUUUCAAAUGUUGCCUUGGUUUACUUCGCCUUACUUUAAAAAAUGAGAUUCAAUUCUAAUCAAUGUCCUUCAUUUUAAAAUUCUUGCAAGUAUCCUAUGAAAAAUAAUUAUUCACUUGGAAUAAACACCAUAGAGCUUUCUCCUCUAAAAUAUUAAUUGUAAAAAUAUUUACCAAUUACGUGUCUUUUAAUUUUCUCCUUUCUGAGUUACUGUAUUAUAAUGACUUUUUCUCUUCCGUUUGCUCAUUAAUGGGCAUUUCUCCGUGCAGUUCAAAAUAUCCUACUUUGUUUUGUGUCUAAUUUGUUAUUCUGCAAGCCAUGUGACUAUCAUCAAACUUAACUGGCAUAUGAUAUGAAUCUUUUUAUAUGCCUCCCCAUGUCUUUACUAUCUUUGAGUUUUAUCUCGUCCCCAACAUGUGCUAUCUUUCCUUCAUGUUAUUAUACUCUGUAUAACCUCAUUGAUCUGAAGUCCCAGUGGUGCACUUUCAAGACGUAACUCAUACUACCAUGUGACAUGUUGAUCUGGAUAGCCUUAAAUACCUAAGUAUUUUUUCAUAACUCUGCAAAUACCAAAGUUUAUGCUUUUCAUGAUCACCUGAUCAACAAGAAGAACCUUGUGAAGGUGUUUAACGGGAAAAAACUAAUAAGUGUGUGCCAUUGCUACACUUUUGAUGCCGGUUUACAUUUAUUGUCUUUGCUUUACCAAGGAACCUCUUUUGAAUGUUCAUAUUGCACUAAUAGAUGGAGAAAUUAGCGAGAUUCCAAUAUUUAAUGAAAAAGGAUCCGAAGGAUUGUGCACUUUUGUAUAUCGCAUUGAACAGGCUUCAAGUUUUGGCUGGUCUUUUCAAGCUCAGAAAAGAUGAAAAAGACAAAGCUUUGGUCGGUUUUCUCUCUCGCAACUUUCAGGUAUUUUGUGGUUUCUGACCUCUGAUGGAACCUUUGAUUAUAUUACAUUUAUUGGAUACUACUGUUUCAUUGAUAACUUAUGAUAUUGAUAUAAAAACCACUUCUUGAAGGUGAAAUGUGCUCCAUACUCAAUCGUUUAAUCAAUCAUAAGCAUUUUCCCAAAUGUUUAGAUUGGUAUUGGUUGGCAGCUGUUAGUUUGAUGUCACUUGAAUUUUGAUUGAAAUUUCUACUUCUGGGUAAAAGGAUAUCAGGACUCAGAUUUUUAGAAUGUGAUUUGAUUUUAUAAUCGGUGAACCGAACAGACUCUUCUCAAAAGUUAUAAUCGGGACUAGUGUUUGUGUAGCGUAUGGGUAUGAGGCAUUUGAACCAGUUAAACAGAAGUAAUGGCUAAAUAAUGACUAAGGAAAACCUAGUGUAUACAGAUAUAAUCCAAACCAAAACAUCAAAUAAAUAAACCUUUGUCAACUUUCAUAUCUUCUGAAGGUAAAGUUGGUUAACAGAGAGGAUAGCCACUCUUACUUCUGAUGGAGUGAGAGAAUAGGAUAGGGUUUGGUUGUAGUGUGGAACAAAUCUGCUCUUUUAUUCGAGAGAAUCUGACUUGCAGUGUAGUCUUUACAAUUUUUGGUAGUGUAUGAGGUUGUACAUAUAGUUUCUUUGGAAAUGUUAUCUUUUUCCCAUUCUGCUGAGUUCGAAGCCUAAUGUUAUUUCCAGACUUUCCUUGAAUCACAUUGACUUUAUCACGUUGGUCGGGGAACCUGUCAUAAGAAAAGCUGGUCCUGAAUUCGAUUGAUAAACUUGUGUUGGUUUAUCGUGUGACAUUCCUGUGUCUGCUGAGCUUACUGCUACCAACCACAGAUAUCUGGGGAGAAAAAUCCACAUUGGUCUCUUCAAUUAUAUUUUUUCUGGUUUUUUUUGAGAAUGAUGUUGUUCUCUCCAAUAUGGACCUAUGUCAGAAGUUUUCGCCGCAUAGAGCUUGCUGUGAUUUGACUUAUCAAUCUCAUGUUGUAGUAUGUGAUGUCAUGUUCAACUGACGGAAAAAUAGAAUGUAAAGAACAAUAGGAAUCAAUGGCAAUGGUGCCAAUUUUUUUGAAUCUGAUGACGCCCAACAAAAGAUGGGUUAAUAGUAUUGAACAUUUCCAUGCAGGCCUUGAAUCAUUUUGUCAUUUCAUGAACUUUCUUGUUUUCAUGUUAGUGAUGAAUUGUUUCCAGCGAAAAUUACCGAAUAUAUUUCAUUCAUCUCGAAAAUUUCAUAAAUUCCAUGAGGGAUCCCAUUUAUUUCAUUGAUGGUGAACGCUUUAAUUUGUCUUUCGGUAUUAACAAUCUUCUUUAUUUUUGCCUUAAUCCUUUAUCCCGUGGAGCUAGACGGGGCUAUUUUAUGCUUAUGUUUUUUCUUGUGUUAACAUUAUAAGGGAAUUGUAUCUCAUGCAUUACUAUAUAAUUGCACGCUGUUGGCAUGUUUAUGUUGAUAUUUAGUCACAAUAUUUUGCCAAUGUUUCAUGUUCAUGUGUUCAGGAGGAGAAAAAUAAGCUGGCUGCCUUGAAGAAUGCUUAUGUUUUGAUGGGAAAGCAUCAGAUAGAACUUGCUAUUGCUUUUUUCUUGCUUGGAGGAGAUGCUUCUUCUGCAGUGACUGUCUGUGCCAAAAAUCUUGGGAAUGAACAACUUGCUUUAGUGAUUUGCCGGCUUAUUCAGGGCUAUGGAGGGCCUCUAGAGCAUCAACUCAUAGUCAAUGUUCUGCUGCCAAACGCAGUUGAGAAGAGAGACUUCUGGCUUGCAAGCAUGCUUGAGGUGUGGUAGUCUUGGGUCCUUUUUCUUCAUCAAUGAAUUUAUUCAUGUUCGUAAAUGCACUUAAUGAGGUCCUUUUUUUGUGUUCUUAUAAUAACUUUUCCAUCUGCAGUGGUCGUUGGGGAACUUCUCGAAUUCAUUCAAGAGAAUGCUAGCUCUUGAUGCUAGUGUUGAAAACGAUAGUCUAGAUAUUUCUUCCACUACCUUCUCAGACACAAAUAUCAGUGAAUACCUUGUAAUGCUAUCUACAAAGAAUGGCAUGAGAAAUGCCGUAGGUGAUUACCUGUUUGCAGUGCUGUCUAAUUGGGCAACAUCAAUGAACAUUGUUGCAUUCUUCAGAUCUGGGCUUCCUGUAAGUAUAUUCCGAAUUACUACAUUUCUGGCCUCUAGAGAUUAGGUAUUAGUUGGCAUGAAGAGAAAUAUUUUCUGAGAGUAAAUGGCUAGGUUAAUGCCACUCAUUUAUUUUCCCUGGGAAAAUAUUAAGUUACUCUAAUCAGUUUCUUGUCUGAUAGUAUAAGCUGGAACUUUCAUCAGUUUCAUGUUAAAGGAUUGCAGAUAUUUUAUUGUUAGAUCCCUGUGGAUGCUGUAAGUGUGACAAAAGAAUUAAUUUUUCUCUUAAUGUAUUGUUGUACCCUUCAAGAAUAGAAACGACUACGAUUUGAGCACAUGACAACAUUUUGGAUUAGAAUUAGCACCUGCCAAAUAAACUCAUCUGAUCCUCCUAGAAAUGAACGUACAAAAUGCAUCACGCAAGAAUUGACUCAAUACAGUCCCACUUAUUUCAUUGAUCAUACUUAUUUCCAAGUGUGGAUCCAAUCUCCCAUGAAAAAUAAGUAUGAUCAAUGAAAUAACUGGGACCGCAUCGUGUCAAUUCUUGCGCGGUGCAUUUUGUAUGUUCAUUUCUAGGAGGAUCAGAUGAGUUCAUUCUACCUAUAUUUGUAAAUUUCAAUUUUUGACUAUUGGGAAAUAUCUGCAACAAAAUCAUGAAAUACGUCAGACCAGUUUGCACUCCAAUGAAUCACAUCUCAUCACUAUAUAGGAUUGGCUAGACCCAAUGUACCAAGGAUGUGACAAAAUUACUGAAUUGUUGCCUGGGUGAUAACAAAAUCCUGAAGGUGGUGGAAGUUCCGUGGAAAGUUGACAUUAGGGGUAGCAGGUCUUUUCCCGCCAGAUAAUUUAGUCGAAAGGAAUUUCUUUAUGUGAUAUCCUCCAAAAAUCCUUGAUUUUUGAAUUCAGUUAAGGACAGAGAUGUUCAAGUUCUAUCUUGGGUUGUGUGAUCUUGCUUUGGGAAACUUUUACUCAGUGAAUGGAAUACAAUAACUUGAUUCCACUGUUCUCAUAUAACUAAAGGAAGCAAUUUUAAAGUUACUAGUGUAUACAGGUUCGUUUGCUAGUGUAGAGUAUUAUUACACAAAAUGGAAACCAGAAUGAUAAUCCUACAUUGCUAGAAGUGUUGAAAUGAGAACAAUCCUGCAUGCCACGAAAAGCAAUAACAAUAAUUGAUUUAUUUAUCUCAAGAUUUGACAUUCAUCAAAUUUGGAAAGCUCUCGAAUUCUUUGUAGAAUUAUCUCAUGUUUGGAAAGGUGGCUAAAUCUUUUGUUUGCCAUGGUUCCUUUCAAUUCCUGAAGUAUUGUUUUUACGACCAUCGCGAAGAUCAUGAUGUAAUAACUCAAACGUUCCCAAUUUCUUGAUGUUUAACGAAACUGUGGUAUCAUUCUCGCUCAAGAAAGAAUCAGGAAUUUUUCUUCAUUUCAAUUGUGCACUGCUUGAGGAACAUCUCAUCUUAAAUGAUCACUGUUCAUCACAUCUUUUGAGUUAUGCACAUUAUUGUCAAUAAGUCGGAGUAUUUGUCCUAAUUAUUUUGAAAUUUAUUCUAGCUUGAAGCUCUGGAGUGCAUUUCUUCUUCUAGCACUUCUGAGAGUAAGAAUCAAUUGUACAUAUUGAGCACAGAAAGGGAUCGGAAUUCCAGCGGUAUAAAUCCAUUCUCAAGCAAUGGUUGCAACUGGCUAGUGGAAGAUGUAGCACGUUACUUAGAGCACAACUCUAAAUUGAAUACAGCAAUGCAAUAUAUUUUGAAGUUGGUGAUGGAACAUCCAAGCUGGACGGAAGAUGAUCAGAUGUUAUUCAGAGAUUCAAAUCAGCUGCUCUUGGAGAAAUACUAUCGGGAUAUCAACUUUGCGGUGUCAAAAUUUGCUGGCAGAUAUUCAUUAGAUACAGCUGACAUAAUGAAUAUGGUGGUGUUCCUUGCCUGCUACGCCUGGAUCUUUUCCUUUAUCUCUACUGAUUCCACUGUUUUUUUUUUGUACUUUGUUUCUUCACCUUAUGUUAACUUGCUUUUACUUUUACAGAUCUUAGUUUCUGCAGACAAUCACAUGUUAUUAUCUCUUGGAUAUCACAUACAACAUGGAAAUAUUUUUCAAGAAAGUGUGGAAGAUAAGACCCACAUGAUGGACACGUUUCCUGGUUAUGCAGUUCUUCUCUUGCGACUUGGAAAGUCUAUAGAAGAAGCAUGCCUUUUCCUUGGUAGAUAUGUGUCAACCCUCAGUUUUAUUGGUUCAGUAUCAAUUCUGGAUAUGCGACCAGGAUACAGCAAAGUUAUCAAUGAUCAGUGUCAUUCUGAAAACUUGUCUUUAAGAAACAUUAUCAAAUCAGUAAGAGGAUUUAGACCACUUCUAAGUCAGUAUAGCCGCGUGAUGCCUGAAGAUUAUAUUCCUAAAACGUUUGGUCUUCUUGAUCUCCUCGAAAUUUUUAUACAUUUUUCUUUGGCAUGGGUUCAAAGAGAUCUCAAACUGCUCAUUUCGCUCACCCUUCCUGUCGUAAAUUCUCUUAAGAGUGGGAAGUCUUUCAUUGAAGCAACAGGAAGCAAUAUCUUGGAGUUCUUGUGUCAGUCAUCAGUGUCAGCUUUCCAGAUCACAGCAAACAAUAAUCUUGAGGGGAUCACCAUACAAGGGGAGCAUGAAGAAUGUGAAUCAAAAACAUGCAUCAUGUCUCAAGAUGAACAGUGGCACCUGAUAAGUGUUUCUUUGUGGAGACAACUCUCAGCUUUUUUUAAACAAGAACUUCGUCUUUUGAAUUUUGGAAGGCUUGAAGAUGAAGCCACUGCUUCAGAAGUGAUGAAGACAUUUCCUUCCUUCUCUGCUAAUUUGUUGAUAUCAUCACUCAAUUUUAUUUCCUCCUCUUUGACCAGAUGUCUGAGAUCAUUCCUGGUGCAGAAAGUGAAGGGAGAGUUUACUGUGGGUACACUUAUUUGGCUACAGGAAUACAAAAAGUCCGGAAACAGUCUUUCAUUUCAACAUUUAAACCAGAAAUCCUCUACCUUGCAAUUAACUCAUGAUAGUGAUGAAAAAUCUCUAUUAAGAAUGCUUUGGGUAAUGGCUGUGGAUCCCAAAGAAAUACAGGCAUGCUUUACUGAUGAAGAAAUAAAUGACUUUUUUGCUGGUAGUCAGAAGCAAAAUGGUAGCUGGAAUGAUAUUCAUGAAUGUAUCAUAUCUGAGUAUUCAAAUGGUGUUAACACAAAUGAAGAUGUAGGCGGCAGUGUUACUUCCAAUGAUGAACCUAAAAGCCGAUCUGAGGCCAGGAGGAGCAUUUUGGAGGACCAAAGGAAGAAACCAACUUGCUCAAGGGAAGUCACUAAUUUCCACAGCCCACGUGAAGUGUAUAAGAGAAACGGAGAACUCCUGGAGGUGAUGUUAUUUUAUGAAAAUGGAGCUACUCAGCUCAAUUUAUGAAUCAAUUUCAUAACCUUUCCUUUCUGUAAGCAAUUAGCACGGAUCUCGUACCACUCCAUUGUGACAGUCUGUGCAACGUCAUUUUCCAUGUUCUGUCCGAUCCUUGGCCAAAAAAAAAAUUAAAAUAGUAUGCUGUAUGGUGUCUAUGGCCCAAUGAAAACUGGCAGGUCGAUGGAAAGUAUCCUGAGAGAUGGACUAGAAACAUAGAGUAAUCUGCAUUGCUGAAUAUUGAAAGAUGAAAAAUGCUUUUAUCAAGUCUAAUGCUCGAGUACCAUGAAUACCUUAGCACAUGCUGAAGUGUUCACUGCCCUAUUCUUGUUUCUCUAUUUGUUUCUCCUUGGCGUUGUCUGGUAAACUGACCACAGUCCUUUCAGAUUCUCUGAUCACUUCCAAGCAAGUUUUCGUUGAUCUCUGUUUUCUCAUUUCUCUGCCCAAUGUAAUUACGAGUGCAUCUUCCCUUCGUUUUAUUACCUGUUUGACAACGACGUGUUGACAUCCUGUGACAGGCAAUAUGCUUCAACUCUACAGAUGAACGACAAGUUGCACUUGCUAGCAACCGAAAGGUGAAUCUCAUUCGUGUUCUCCCUGAUAAAUGACCUUGCCUUUGUUUAACCAAUGUAUUGCUUCUUCCGUGUCUUGCACGUCUGAGAAAUUUCGGAAUUUUAUAAUACAUAAGUUUGACUAUUCAAAAUGUGGAACAUCCGUAUGUAUUCAAAAUGUGUCUUACCUGAUGUAUUAUUAGAUGAUCUAAUUAAAUCUGGGAUACAAUAGUAAUAAAUCUUAUUUAUUCUUUUCAGGGGCUUGUUUUCUUUAGCAGGAAGGUUAAUAGCACUUUCAAAGAUCAAACCCAAUAUAUCUGGACGGACUCUGAUUGGCCCCCGGGAGGGUGGGCUGGAUCUGAAUCUACACCUAUUCCUACUUUUGUUUCCCCUGGUGUUGGGCUUGGGAGCAGAAAAGGGGCCCACCUGGGUCUGGGUGGGGCAACAAUUGGCGUUGGCGCACUUGCAAGGCCAGGAAGGGAUUUGACUGGUUUCGGUGCAUUUGGAGUUCCAGGCUAUGCCGGAAUUGCGGCCUCAGGAUUAGGUUGGGGAGAACAGGAGGAUUUUGAGGAGUUCAAGGAUCCUCCAGCAACAGUUGAAAAUAUACGGACAAGAGCCUUGUCUAGUCAUCCUUCAAAACCACUAUUUCUGGUCGGGUCUAGCAAUACUCAUGUUUAUCUUUGGGAGGUAAGCUACGUGACGUUGAAAGUAUUUACAUCAGAUAUUCAGAUGUGAAAAUUUAUGUCCUUAAUUUGUCGACCUUGGCACGCUCAUUUACAUGAAAUAUUCAGUGUUAUCUGAAUUUUAGUAAUUCAGAUUGUUCUUUCUUUGUAUUCAACACUAAAAAUUGCAUUUCUCAGAUAUAUCAGAGCUUCCACUAAACAUUCAGGAGAUUGGGAGUCAUUUUAACAGUUGGUUGUUAGAGAUUUCCCAAGACAUUCUCGGACAUCUAAAGUGAGCUGGUCUAAAAUUGAUUAAGCCAUUGAUGAGGGAUCAAAAGUGGAGCUCUAGUCUGUUCAUUUUCAUGUUUAAUUAUUCAUCUAAUUUUUCCGUGUUUUGUUUUAUGGAGAAACUUAAAAACUUUCUAGUCAACCAUCACUUGCUGAUUCUCCAACAUUUUUUGUAUGCGUUUCCUGCCCGUUCCACUGUCAUUAUCACUGUACAGUUUACCAGGCAGGGCCUUAUGAAUAAUGAUACGAGAAUAAUGAAUCAAGACUUGUUGCCUGGCUAGUGGUCCCAUUCAAAGCACGUUCUAAGCCUGGUUCUAAAAAAUACCUCUCAUUUUGCAUGGAAAAUGUUGAUUGUAAAGCAACAAGUAAAGACAUGAAACAAUUGAAAUUAUAAUUUGAGCAGUUUGCCAUAUUAACCCGGCACAAUGUCUCUACAUUUAGUUCAGCUGUAUUCCACCAUCAUCAGUAAGUUUUACACAGUCAAUGGAGGCUUGUCUUUGGGGAAGUAUCGAGGGAGUUCCUUGUCAGUUAUUCGCUCCAAAAAAUACUUAGUUUCUUUUUUGGGGCCUUGUAGACACUAUAUAACGAGCAGAGAGAGGUAAUUCAGAGAUACGGAUGCCAAAAAACCCCUAUUUGGUACUGUUUGGCUAGAGAAAUAAAAUCCUAACAGAUAUGCUCAAAAAUAUCAACUAAAAUAAGAUAAGGAUAAAAAUGGGAGCAUGGGCAAAAACAGGUAACUGAGGUUUCUAUCCGGUAUAGACCUGGUUUUGUGGAGCCUACACCAAGCCCAGCUGUUUUCUUCCUAUUAUAUUUCCUUUGCAUUCAACCAGUUUGGACAGACAUAACUAAACCAAAUAUCCUUAUUUAGCGCCCUGUUAGUGGGACUUUUCUACUCCGCUUUCAUGAUCUCACUGAGAUUAUCGUUUUUAUAAGUUGUUCUCUUGACUCUGUAGUUUGGCAAGGAUAGAGCUACCGCAACCUAUGGUGUUCUACCAGCUGCUAAUGUCCCUCCACCAUAUGCUCUUGCAUCAAUAUCUGCCGUGCAAUUUGAUCUUUGUGGACAUCGUUUUGCUACUGUUGCACUAGAUGGUACUGUAUGCACCUGGCAACUCGAGGUUGGAGGAAGGAGCAAUGUCCGCCCCACAGAUUCAUCCUUGUGCUUUAACAAGCAUGCAUCGUACGUGUCUCCUAUUGGAGUUUGUUAUAUACGGUUGAGUUGACAUUUGUGAUUCCGGUGUUCAUCAGCUUUUCAGAUGAAAUCGAAAUCAAAUAUCUUUUUUCAGGGCUAUUGCUUAUGUUGCUGCAAGUGGAUCGAUUCUUGCUGCUGCUGGGCAUAGUUCAACUAAUGCGAAUGUUGUCAUAUGGGACACCUUGGCUCCACCAAUCGCAUCCCAGGCUUUUCUUACUUGUCAUGAAGGUAUUAUCUUCCAUUUGGAUCAUCAAACACGAAUUUCUUAACAUGUUUGAAGCGCACCAAAAUGCUUAUGAAGAACUUUGAGAAAACUGUACGAAAAUGCCUUUUCCCCCUAAAAAUACCGGGAGCAUAAAUUAUCAUCAUCAUAGAUUUUUCUUGGCUUUGAACAGAUUCAGGUUGUUAGUUAGGCAAUUUUUCAAACAAAAAUGCUGAACUCUUUCCCACUUGGAAAUGAGCAUAUUUAAUCUAUCUUUGCGCUACACCAUAGUUAUUUUUCUCAACAUCGAUGUUCCUUUAGGAUCAAAUAUAAUCUCUAUGUGGAAACCUUGUCGUUCACCUCAGCGAACACCAUCAACUGCAGCACUAGAAAUGAUCUUGAUAGAUUGAUUUUCAAGGAUAGAGUUGGGUUAACUUUUCAUCUACUCAACUUAUUCAGCACUAGUGCAGGCUCUGAUGAUAAAAUGUUCGUCUUAUAGGACUCAGUCAGGAAACUUAUUCCUUUAGGGGUUCCUGUCACUGUUAUAGCUGCUAACUAACCAAGACCUUAGCUUUCUGAGGCUUCAUGCUUAUGUUCAUAAAUUUGUGCCUCAUAAUCCUUACUUUGUCCCUGCGCAGACAAAUAUACCAAAAACAGUUGAAACAUACAGUUUUUGCUUCUUUCAGUGAGACUUUCUUGGCUAGCAUCUUUAUUUUUAUUUCCAACUUGUAUAUCUGCAGGUGGUGCUCGGUCGCUGUCUGUGUUUGACAAUGAUAUAGGAAUCGGUUCCAUGUCUCCCUUGAUUCUCACUGGUGGAAAAAAUGGCGACGUUGGGCUACAUGAUUUCCGUUACAUAGCGACUGGAAAGAGCAAGCGACACAGGCACUCUGCCGAGCAGAACAUCAAGAACAAAUUCCAUGAAAAUGUCAAUGGGAUGAUUUGGCACAUACCAAGCGCACAUCAAGGUUGGGCGCUUUCUAUUCGAUAAAGCCCUUUUCUUUACCAUAUUUGGCUCUCUCUGAUGUUGUUUUCUUUAUUCUAUGUUUGUGAAGGAAGCGUCACCAAAAUAGUAACCAUUCCCCACACUAGCCUGGUAUUAACUGGUAGCAAGGAUGGAGACGUUAAACUGUGGGAUGCCAGGAGGUGUCAGAUGAUAUUUCACUGGCAGAAAAUGCAUGAAAGGCACACUUUUCUCCAACCCAGUUCACGAGGCUUUGGAGGAAUUGCCCGGGUAAUCUCUUCAUUCUAAGAAGACCACUCGAAGGAAGAUCUAACUCUUUUUUUUUUGUGUGUGUGCUUCAACGUAACUCUGUCCUCGAAGUCAUAAAUUUCAUCCUCCAACUCCACAGGCUGCCGUCACCGACAUCCAAGUCCUUUCCAAUGGUUUUCUCACAUGUGGGGGAGAUGGUUCCGUGAAGUUGGUGAAGCUAGGAGACUAUGCACACAGAAUUUGA